AUGAAAACAACGGAGACUGGUGGUGUAAAAGUUUAUAAUUUAACAGCAGGAAAAACACUACCACAAUGGUUAAGUCAAAAAAAGAAAAAAGAAUUAAGAAAAGAUGAAGACUUCCAAAAGAGAAUUGAAUUAAUUCAAGAUACAGAAUUUCCAGUAAAUUCUCAAAAUGUUAAAUUUUCUCCUGAUGGACAAUUUCUUGGUGCUACUGGAAUGUAUCCACCAAGAAUUAGGAUGUUUGAAUUAGAUCAGUUGUCACAGAAAUUCGAACGAAAUUUAGAUGCUGAAAUCACCAAAUUUGAAUUUCUUGAAGAAGAUUAUUCAAAAUUAAUGUUUUUAUUAACUGAUAAAACAAUUGAAUUUCAUAAUAAAGGAGGAAUUCAAUGUAAAAUUAAAGUUCCAAAAACAGGAAGAGAUUUUAAAUAUUUACCAAGUAAUUGUAAUACAUAUAUUGCUACUCCAAAUAAUUUAGAUAUUAUUAAUUUAUAUGAAGGUAAAUUUUAUGAAUCAAUUCCAAUGAAUUAUGUUGUUAAUUGUCUUGAUAUAUCAGAAAAAUAUCAAUUAUUAUUUUGUGGAUGUGAAGGUGGAAUAGUUAGUAUCAUAGAUCCAAUGACAGAAGAAGAAGUUAGUGUGUUAGAUGUUAAUGCAGGAGUUAUAAAUAAAUUAGAUGUAAAUGGUAAAACAUUAACUUCUAUUGAUGUAACUUCAAUUGCAUAUGAUGGAAAUCUUCAAAUGACAGUAGGAACAUCUAACGGUAAUGUUCUUACAUAUGAUUUACGUUCUUCAAAACCAAUUUUAUCUAGUUAUCAUCAAAAUAGAAUUCCUAUUGUUAAAACAUUAUAUCAUACAACACAAAAUGGUGAGUUUUUAGUUACUGCUGAUGCAAAUAUUGUUCGUUUCUCUAAUAAAUCUAAUGGUAAAUUAGUUGUUCCACUUGAAGCUAAUAGAAGAUCUGUUAUUACUGAUGUUGCUAUUGCAAAAGAUUCUGGAUUAUGUGUUCUUGCAGGUGAUUUUUCUAAAUUACAGAUAUAUUAUAUUCCAUCAUUAGGAAUUGCACCUUCAUGGUGUAGUUUCUUGGAAAAUUUAACAGAAGAAUUAGAAGAUGAACCAACUGCAGUUUAUGAUGAUUUUCAUUUUGUUACUAAACAAGAAUUACAUGAUCUUGGAAUGGAUUCAUUUAUUGGUUCUGAAUAUUUAAGACCUUAUAUGCAUGGUUAUUUUAUGCAUAUCAAAUUAUAUCAACGAGCUAUGGCUCUUAAACAAAAUGAUUAA